UUGAAUAUGAAACAUAUGUUUGAUUGAGAUGUCCUUUAGAGGGGGUGAGACCCAUUGUUCACAAAAUUAUGUGAUACUGUAAUGAAUAUCUUUUUCCAACUAAACCUUGAGAAUCAACAAGCAUGGUUUUGAAGGUAUUACAAGUAGGGCAACUUUGAACACCUUCAUUUGAACCAUUUCAAGAUGGUUUCUGACUGAACUAUGUUGUGACCAUUUAUUGUUAACAUACAGAAUUCCAUGUCAUUCCCACCUCAUCCAUCUUCAAGUUCUUUGUCUAUAAUUUCUUACAAAAGUAACAUUUGACUUACAAACACUUGAAAAAAUGGUCCUUGAGAACAAAAUGGUUCACAGGCAAUGUGUGAAACCUUGCAAGGUGUGGGGCUGUCUCCAGACAUUGUCAGGUGUGAUGGAAUCAGUUCACUCAGUGCUGGCUCACAGAUCAUUGUGGGCUUUGAAAUGGAUGAACAUGAAAAAUUAUGGCACAUGAAUUUCACCCAAUAAUUACCAUCUUAUUUGUAUUACUAUUCUUUUGUGAUAAAUCAAAGGGAUGGGGAGAGAGAGAGAGAGAGAGAGAGAACCCCUAUUGAAGUGGAGUUAAAGGGGCACCAUUGCUCCAUACAUGUAUCCCUUAGAAUCCAACAUUGACAAAACAUCCAUUCAAAACCCAACCAACACACAAAAGAAUAAAAAUAAUAAAAAUAACAAGAAAUGUUAAUAAAUAAGAGGAAAGAGAAAGAAAAAAGUGAAUUUACAAGUUGUGUUGAAGGGAAAAAAAAAACUCGUCAUAUUCAAACAUGCAAGUGUAUAGAAACAGAAAAACAAAAAAAACAAAAAAAACAAAAACAAAGGAGAAUAAACCUUGACCUAGUUAAGAAGUUUUCAUCAUCUCUUUCUCUGUUGUGUAAGUUGUUGCUGUUGUAGUUGUUUCUUGCUCCUUCAUAUUUGUGGGCAGUCUUUGUGGGUGUUUCUUUCCCUUUUUUUUAUCAUCUUUUUUUCCCCAUAUUGUUUGUUGGGUAGUGGUUUUGGAGUGUUGAGGACCAUGGCUGCAACAGAAGGCAAAGUUAUCACAUGCAAGGCUGGGGUGGCAUAUGAGGCCAACAAGCCUCUGUCAUUUGAGGAUAUUCAUGUGUCACCCCCUCAACCCACAGAAGUCCGUGUCAAAAUUACCCAUGCCUGCAUCUGCCAAUCAGACCUCUACUUCUGGAAGGGCAAGGAUACACAAAAGUUGUUUCCACGAAUCUUAGGCCAUGAAGGGGCUGGAAUAUGUGAGAGUGUUGGAGCACAAGUGAGGCACAUAAAGGCAGGAGACAAGUGCAUCCCAGUAUGGCAGUGUGAGUGCACCAAGUGUGGCAAAUGCAAGUCGAGCAAGACCAACAUUUGUGAUGUGUUCAUGUUCAAUUGGGGCAGCGGCCUCAUGCCCUCCGAUAAGGCCACCACACGCUUCACCCGUGUGGAAGAUGGCAAACCCAUCUACCACUUCUUUGGCAUCUCUGUGUUCAGCCAGUACUCCACCAUGGAUGAGGCCUGUAUUGCCAAAAUCAACCCCAAGGCCGAGCUCCACAAAAUCUGUCUCCUUGGUUGUGGCAUUCCCACAGGAGUUGGGUCAGUGUGGAAUAUAUGCAAAGUCCAUCCAGGGUCAACUGUAGCUGUGUUUGGACUUGGGACAAUUGGACUGGCUGUGGUGGAGGCAUGUAAGGUGUCAGGGUGCUCUCGGAUCAUUGGAGUUGCCAGGGAUGCUGGCAAAUUGCAGAGAGCCAUGGAGUUUGGACUCACAGACACUCUCAACAUCAAGUCCUUUGACAAGCCCAUUGAGCAGGUGAUCCGGGAUAUGACUGGUGGUGGUGUAGACUACAGCUUUGACUGCACUGGUGACCCUGGCAUCAUCAAAUCAGCCCUUGAAUGCUGUGUGGAAUGGGGAGGGGUGUCAUGCAUACUGGGGCUGGUCGAGUCAUCACAGAGGGUGAGCUUCCAUCCAGCACUGCUGUUGUGGGGCCGAGUGUGGACGUCUGGGUUGUUUGGUGGAUACAAGGGCCGAUCGCAGCUCCCCGACCUUGUUGACCGAUGCAUCAAAGGGCACAUUAACUUGGAUCACUACAUCACCCACAAAUUGCCCUUUUCUAAGAUUAAUGAGGCCUUUGAACUCUUGAAUCAAGGAGGUUGCAUUCGAUGUGUGAUGGACUAUGAAAAGUAGACUUAGUGCUCUACACAUUCACAUGUAUACAUAUAAAAAUAAAAAUUUAGAAGAAAGAAAAAAGAGGGUGAGUUGUGAUAGUUUGAAUGCUUUAGUUAGAGUUCUCAAUGUUCCAUGGUUUCUUUUCAAGAUUUAAAAUUUUGCAAUUUAAAACAAACAGAAUAAAUUAGUGGAAAUUGUGAAUUGAGUGGAGAAGAGGAUGCUUGAGAUAUAAAUACUACUCUCUCUCUCUCUCUCUCUCUCUGUAAUGUAUUUACAUAUAUAUGUAUUAAUUUUUUUUUAUUAUA